CGCCUCAGUGCCCCGGGCCCAGCCGAGCAGCCAGCCGGGGCCGCGACUCCGCGGGCCUACGCCACGCACGGGAUCAGGUCCGGCCGGAUGGGCGCCUGAGCUUUGGGCCCCUUGGCGCCCUGGAUUGGGGCCUGUUCAGAGCUCCCAGAAGCUGAGAGCAGGAUGUUCCGGUUCAUGAGGGACGGAGAGCCUGAGGAUCCCAUGUUCCUCAUGGACCCUUUUGCUAUUCACCGACAACAUAUGAGCAGGAUGCUGUCAGGGGGCUUUGGCUACAGCCCUUUCCUUAGCAUCACAGAUGGGAGCAUGCCAGGGGCUCGACCUGCUAGUCGAAGGAUGCAGGCUGGGGCUGUCUCACCUUUUGGGUUGCUGGGAAUGACAGGUGGCUUCAUGGACAUGUUUGGGAUGAUGAAUGAUAUGAUCGGGAAUGUGGAGCACAUGACAACUGGAGCCAACUGUCAGACCUUUUCAUCCUCCACUGUCAUCUCUUACUCCAACCUGGGUGAUGGCGCUCCCAAAGUCUACCAAGAAACAUCUGAGAUGCGCUCAGCACCAGGUGGGAUCCGGGAGACAAGAAGAACAGUGAGGGACUCUGACAGUGGGCUAGAGCAGAUGUCCAUUGGGCAUCAUAUCCGAGACAGGGCACACAUCCUCCAGCGUUCUCGAAAUCACCAAACUGGGGACCAGGAAGAACGGCAGGACUACAUCAAUUUGGAUGAGAGUGAUGCGGAAGCGUUUGACAAUGAGUGGAGGAGAGAGACAUCCCGAUACCGGCCACAGCGCCCCCUGGAAUUUCAUCGGCAUGAGGCUGCUGGGGCGGGUGGGGGUAGAAGGGCAGAGGGACCCCCUCGGCUGGCUAUACAGGGCCCUGAGGAUUCCCCCUCCCGACAGUCAAGACGCUAUGACUGGUGAGGACCCCACCCACCCACCCAGGUCCUCUCAUAAGUGUUGGUGGGAAAGGGAUCACAGGUAAGGGAUGAAGUCCCUCAGUCAUUCCUCUGGCAUUUGGAGGAAACCCACUUGUUCCUAAUAUUUUAGAUUAUGAGAGUGGGAUAAAGAACCUCUUAGAGCCUGUUUUGGUGACACAGGUCUCAGCUGGUCUAGGAAAGGAAAGAAAUUCUCCUAACUUGGAGAAUUGACCACAACCACCAAGACCCUCAUCAUCCCGGCUUCUGUUUUUCCCCUUUCUAUAUGACAAGCUUUCUCUCCCUCUACCCUCUAGGUACAGGCUGUGAGGGGCAGAGGAAUCACCCCUUGGAAUAACUCCCUUUCCCCAGUUUAAUAUUAAAUAGAGGUGAGCUGGCCCCUUCAAGCUUAGGGAGCCUUAGGGGGAGCCCCCUUUACUGCUUUCACUAUUCUCCUGCCCCCUUUCUCAA